CUCAGUCUUUUAACCGUCUUCCCUCCAUUUUAUAUGAGGACCUCUUGAGCUCGCCCAGCAUCAAGUCCACCCCCUCUCCACCAGCGCAAGAACCUGCACACACACACAGCGUCUAGAAGGCCACGACGGCAAGAGACCGCGUCAUGGCCGAGGAGGAGGAGGAGGAGCUCGCGGGCGCGCCGCGGGUGGUGGGCGUCCUCUCCGCGCUGCUGGAGCGCGUCGUGGAGCGCAACGACGCGGCGGCGGAUGAGCUCGCCGCCGGGGCCGCGUCGGCGUCCGCGGCGACGUCGCCGGCACCGGCGUCGGCGUUCCGGGCCACGGCGAGGCCCGACAUCUCGGUGCGCUCGUACAUGGCGCGCAUCGCGCGGUUCGCCGGGUGCAGCCCCGCGUGCUACGUGGUGGCGUACGUCUACCUCGACCGCCUCCUGCGCCGCGGCCGGCGCGGGCGCGGCGCGCUCGCCGUGGACUCGUACAGCGUCCACCGCCUCCUCAUCACCGCCGUGCUCGCCGCCGUCAAGUUCAUGGAUGACGUGCGCUACAACAACGCCUACUUCGCCAGGGUCGGCGGCAUCAGCCUGCCGGAGAUGAACUACCUGGAGGUGGACUUCCUGUUCGCCGUCGGGUUCGACCUCAACGUGUCGCCGGAGACGUUUGGGCACUACUGCACCGUCCUCCAGGCCGAGAUGCUGUCCCUGGAGCUGGGCAAGACGCCGCCGCCGACGACGAUGACGACUCCUGCUGCCGCCGGCCCAAGGCUGCACAGCUGCUGCCUGUCUGAAGACGACGGCGCCACCAGCAGCAGCGCCAGCGGUAGUUCUCAGCAGCAGCUAGCUGCGUAGAGACGGGUACAGAGAUUGCUUCCAAGCAAGCAGCCGUGUGUGUCCACUUGCCCGUGUACAGUACAGGCGUGCUUGCUUGGAAGCAAGCAUGGAGUGUGCGAUUGGUUUGCUGUCGACUACUAGUGCUUAAUUAGCUUUAGCUUGCUAAGGUGCCCUAUAUAUAAUGCUCUUUUCUUGUUGUUGUUCACAUCUGGAGAUCGAAAGAAUCGAAAGGGGAACGAUAUAAAAUGUGCACUCUC